AUGUCGCACGGCAAGCAGUUCACGCUCUACACCCACGGCAGCGGUCCAAAUGGCUGGAAGGUCGCAUACGUCUUGACGGAGCUUGGCCUCACCUACGAGAGCGUCUACCUCGACUUUGGCAAGCUCGAGCAGAAGUCGCCCGAGUAUACCCAGUACAACCCGAACGGGCGUAUCCCGACGGUCAUUGACCACAAGAACAACGACUUCACCAUUUGGGAGUCGAACGCGAUCAUCACCUACCUCGUCGAGAAGUACGACACCGCCCACCGCAUCUCCGCGGCGACGCCCGAAGACAAGAUCAAGCAGCUUCAGUGGCUCUUCUUCCAGGCCUCCGGCCAGGGCCCGUACUUCGGCCAGGGGAUCUGGUUCAAGGUGUACCACCCCGAGCCGGUACCUAGCGCUGUCGUGAGGUACCAGAGGGAGGCGGUGCGCGUGAUCGGCGUGCUCGACGGCGUGCUCAAGAAGCAGGAGUGGCUCGUCGGCGGGAAGCCUAGCGUCGCCGACUUUUCCUUCGUCUCGUGGACCAAUGUCGGGCUCUCUCAUGUGCUCGCAGACUUCACUGAGGCCAACAUCGAGAAGGACUACCCGCACUUCUGGAACUGGCACCAGAAGCUGAUAGCGCUACCCUCGAUCAAGAAGGUUCACGAGGAGAAGACCGCCAUUCAGGCUGCGCAGGUGCACUGA